AUGGAUCCUUCCGACAAUGGCGGAUUCCGUAUUUUCACGGGCGACGACAAGAGCAAUUUGGAAUGCCGUUUUUACGAAAGCAAGUACCCCGAGAUUGAAUCCGUCGUCAUGGUCAACGUGCGCAACAUUGCCGACAUGGGUGCUUACGUCAGUUUGAUGGAGUACGGGAAUAUUGAGGGCAUGAUUCUGCUGUCCGAACUCAGUCGCCGUCGCAUCCGGUCGAUCCACAAACUUAUCCGUGUCAACCGCAACGAAGUGGUCAUGGUGCUGCGUGUCGACAAGGAAAAGGGGUACAUUGAUCUGUCCAAACGUCGCGUCUCUCCGGAAGACGUGGCGGCCUGCGAAGAGCGAUUCAACAAGGCCAAAGCCGUGCACGGCGUCCUCCGACAUAUUGCCGAUCGGAGAAAGUACUACCUCGAAGACUUGUACGAAAAAAUCGGCUGGCCGCUCGACCGCAAGUACGGACACGCCUUUGACGCCUUCAAACUAGCAAUUUCGGACGAAAAGGGUGUCGUCAAUCCCUUUGACGAACUGGACAUCCCGCAGGACUUGAAGGACGAACUCACUACCUAUAUUCUACGGCGCCUCGCACCGCAACCCAUCAAAAUUCGGAGUGAUAUCGAGGUUUCGUGCUUUUCGUACGAAGGCAUUGACGCGAUUCGCGAAGCCUUGUUUGCCGGUAUGGCCAAGGGUACCGAAAAUUCUGUCAUCAAAAUUAAACUUAUUGCUCCGCCGAUUUAUGUGUUGUCGACCACCACUUUGGACAAGGAUGCGGGCAUCGCCCUGUUGCACAGUGCCAUUGAUGCCAUUCGCGACGUCAUUGCACUAAAAGGUGGAAAGAUGGACGUCAAAAUGCCGCCCAAGGCAGUCAGUAUCAAAGAAGAGAAUGAGUUACAGGCCAUGAUGGAUCGCUUGGCGCUGGAGAACGAAGAAGUCGACGGCGAUGCACCAGAAGAAGAGUAA